CACAACCUGGCUCUCUGGCCCAGCGUUUCUGACACGCCAGUCUCUGUCUUGAAAGGGAUGCUUUUCCCCCCCUCAGAGAGCUGACGUUUGCCCCCCAAGUGUCCACACUGAAAGACAACUUCCUUACGCUUUUCAAGGUUCUCCACGUGGAAGUYGCCGACUCGUGCCAUCACUCACCUCGUCCACAUCCCUCGUCUCUUCAUCAACACUACAGCGGGAAAAAACAGCAACUGAAAGGGCUGGCACUACUGUCAGACAGCAUGCACACCAGACAGAUUCUCUCAGUCAAAGGAUAUCGUCAUACGGACAGUCCAAGAGGAAAUCAAUCCAAGAGAGUUUGAGUGGAUCAGGAACCAGGAAAAGAAUCCCUAAGAAAGCUCUCUGAGAGCCUUAGAUCCAUUAAUUGAUAAAGACAGCCUUCUGAAAGUUGGGGGUCGCGUCACAGAAGCAGAACUUGGACAUGACGAGAAGAACCCCCUGAUCAUCCCGGGGAAGCAUCACGUCGCAACUUYACUGGUGAGGCUUUAACACAAACGGAUCCAACAUCAGGGAUGCCUUUUCACAGAGGGAGCCAUCGGUACAACCGGUCUUUGGGUAGUUGGCGGUAAAAGGUGCGUGAACAGCAUCAUCCACCAGUGUGUCACCUGUCGGAGACUUCGCUGUCCUCCUUAGGCACAGAAGAUGGCCAGCCUUCCUGCUGAUCGUCUUUCCACCGAGCCUCUGUUCACCCAUGUCAGCCUGGAUGUGUUUGGUCCAUGGACCGUUGCCUCUCGCCAGACAAGAGGCCUCGCCCACAGUAAGCGGUGGGCCGUCAUAUUCACCUGUAUGAGCGCGAGAGCCGUUCAUAUUGAAGUCCUUGAGUCACUGGAUACAUCAAGCUUUAUCAGCRCCCUGAGGCGUUUCUUCUCGAUCCGAGGCCCAGCAAAUCAGAUUCGUUCCAACCGUGGGACCAAUUUCCUUGGGGCCUGCAGGGAACAUAAGAUCCCCUCGAACAUCAACGACGACUCCGUGGAUACCWACCUGUCAGAAYRGGGCUGCAUCUGRAUAUUCAACCCGCCACAUGCYKCUCACAUGGGUGGUGCCUGGGAGAGGAUGAUUGGUGUAGAAUCCAGGAUUCUCCUUGCUAUGUUCCUCCAACAGGGUCAUUCAACGCUAAGUCACGAAACGCUCAUUACUCUGAUGGCAGAAGUGGCUGCCAUCAUCAAUGCCAGACCUCUGGUUCCAGUCUCUACAGAUCUAGAUGACCCGCUCAUACUUACACCUGCUGCUCUCCUCACACAGAAAGUGAGUAUCCCUUCGAGUCCUGCUGGCGACUACGGAGCCAAGGACCUCUUUAAGCGGCAGUGGCUUCAGGUUCAACAUCUUGCAAAUACCUUCUGGGAUAGGUGGAGGAAGCCAUACCUGUCUUCACUUCAGAUANUGAGUCACUGGAUACAUCAAGCUUUAUCAGCACCCUGA